AUGGCCAUAGAAAGAAAACAAAGUAUUCUGUCAGUACAAUACACGAAGUCUGGCCUUACAAGACUGCCAGACCCGAAUGUUCCCUGUAAUAAAGUGUCUCCAAGAUCUACUUGGCAUCAGUCAGAACCAACUGGAUACUUUUACCACAAAGUCUGGAAACCGUUUUUGUGUUUUGUCCCUGACAAGGUGGAGCAGCUUGAUGAGUCAUGUUUAAAGAAUGUACAGGUGAUAUUUCUUGUCUUGGCUUGUUUCUUUUCUCGUGUGGUCUCUGUAAUU